CGGGCCACAGGGCUUAGGAGGACUCGGGGCAGCUCAGCGAGGGGGUGUCUGCCCAGCGCUUCCUGGAUCCACAGCCCCCCAGGGUCGGGCAGGGGGUCUGGGCAGGGCUGCAGCGGCUACAGCCAAGGCGUGGGGAGGCCCUCUCGGGCUGGGAGGAGCUAAGAGGCCCCUGCCAGCCUGUCACAGGCUCUUGGUGCUGACAGUGGCUCUGGCUUUCGCACACACACCCUGGCGGGCACCCCCUUGGUGGCCUCCAUAGUCUCACCUUCAGGCUCAAGGCUGGCUCCGUGGGGGACACAGUUAACAUGAGAGGCACACCUCAGACCCACCUCCUGGCCUUCUCCUUCCUCUGCCUCCUCUCAAAGGUGUGUGCCCAGCUGUGCCCAACACCAUGUGUCUGCCCCUGGCCGCCACCACAGUGCCCACUGGGGGUGCCCCUGGUGCUGGACGGCUGCAACUGCUGCCGGGUGUGUGCGCGGCGGCUUGGGGAGUCCUGUAACCAUCUCCACGUCUGUGACCCCAGCCAGGGCCUGGUCUGCCGGCUCGGGGCGGGUCCCGGCGGCCGGGGGGCCGUGUGCCUCUGGGGAGACGAUGACGGCAGCUGUGAGGUGAACGGCCGCCGGUACCGGGACGGGGAGACCUUCCAGCCCCACUGCAGGGUUCGCUGCCGCUGUGAGGACGGCGGCUUCACCUGCGUGCCCCUGUGCAGCGAGGACGUCCGGCUGCCCAGCUGGGACUGCCCCAACCCCCGGAGGGUUGAGGUCCCGGGCAAGUGCUGCCCCGAGUGGGUGUGCGACCAGGCCGGGGCGGUGGGGGUCCAGCCCCUCCUGGCCCAAGGACUCCAGUCGUCCGGCCUGGUGGCUCUCCCACCUCCCGCGGCCCCCUGCCCGGAAUGGAGCACAGCCUGGGGCCCCUGCUCCGCCACCUGUGGGCUGGGCGUGACCACCCGGGUGUCCAACCAGAACCGCUUCUGCCGACUGGAGACCCAGCACCGCCUGUGCCUGCCUGGGCCCUGCCCGCCUGCCACGGGCCGCAGCCCACUGCACGGUGCCUUUUAGGGCCAGGCCCAGCAGGCGAGCUUAGCCGCAGGCCACCCUCCAGCCCUGGUCCCCCAGCUGGACCCUGGAGGACAAGAAUGGCCACAGGCAGCCUGGUCUGCCUGGACGGAGAUAGAGCAGGGUUGCAUUCAUUAGUCCCAUCUCCUCUAACUCCCAGCCUGGGGGGGCUGGCCAGGUUUCUAGGGUCUUCCGGUCCACCCCCAGCCUCUACACGGCUGUUAUCGAACAGGCACAUGCACUAGCUUUCCAGGAGGUGGGCGACCAUCUCUGGUCUCAGGCAGGUACUGGGCAGGACUGGCUGUCUCUCUGGGGGUGUGGUGAAGAGGGGCACAGACCCUCCGACUCGCUUGCAUCCUUUCCAGGGGUGAGGUCGAACGUCCCUGAGUAGGCGCCUCUGCGCGCACGUGGGUGUCAGGCUCACGCUGUCUGAGAAAGCCCUCCCCAGCCCGGGAAGAACUCAGGGGCCGAGAGAAUGCUUUGUGAAAACCACAUGAUGGAAUCACUGCCUUGGAGAAAGUCAGAGGACAGGCCUUGGAGUGACCUAUUAACUCAGCGCGUGUCAGUGAGAGCGACCCUUUCCCGAGCCCCUGCCAGGUGCCAGGCACGGAGCCAGGCACCGUGUAGGUCAGUACCCGGCAGUCGCCUGGGCUCCGGAGGAGCAGGGGUGGGGGUCCUCCGGGGCCUGGGAGCUUGGUCUGAAAUAAACCGA